UUCAAUUUUCACCUUGCUGGGCAGAAGCAUGCUGUAAUGGUGAAGCUGAUGAUGCAGAAGCAGCCAGGAUUGCUUGCAGAAAUGUCAAAUAAUUUCAGAAGUGACACCGAUACUUCUUUUAACGCGGAGGAACUCUUGAAAAUUAAAACAAGAUGUAGAGAGCUUAGAAAAGAGAAGGACAUGAUAAAUUGUUCACAAUCCCAAAUUUUUGAGCUACUCCGGAUAAUAGAACUACAUGAGAAGUCAUUAUUAGAGACUAGCAUAAAAGAUAAGACACACAUACAGAGGUUGGAAGAAGAGCUAUUGAACUGCUCUCAGGAAAUAGAUUACCUUAAGGAUCAGCUUAAUGGAAGGAACAUGGAGGUCAAAUACCUGCAAGAGCUUGUUUACAGCUUUAAACUGAAAAUAAAGGAUAUGGAAGGCUUACAAGAUGAGGUUAUCAGGUUAAAAGAGGAGCUGCAGAGAUCCAGUUCUGAACAAUUUUUCUUGUUGAAGGAAUUAGUGACUAAAGAAAUGGAAUUGGAGAAGUCAACACUGUCCGUAGAGAAAUUUAAGGAAUCAAUUUCAUCCAUGGCAUUAGAGUCUGAAUGUGAGGUAGAGUGCAUGAAACUUGACAUGAUGGCCUUGGAGCAGAGUCACUUUGAGGCUAAGAAAAUACAGGAGGAAACUCUGGAGGAAAACACUAGAAUGAGUAGAUUGAUUGGAGAGCUUCAAUUUAAAUUUCAGGAAGCCCAAAAAAAUAUUGUCUCUCUGAAUGAGGAAAAUAAGAAACUUAACAAUAAGAUUGAUGCUGUCAAUGUGAACACCGGAAAUUUUUCUCAGAAGGUUGAAGAGUGGCUAGAAAAGAAGGACAGAUCACAACUCAAUGGUCAGUCUUCCUUGAGCGAACAAGAGAAGGGUUCAGACAUAUCAAAGGAUAUAAGUGUUUAUGGAGAAGUAUUGGGUCCACUCCUUGGGAGGCUAUCUUUGGCGUUGGAAACAGAUGCAGAUAUUAAAGAGGAGAUGCAGAAGAUGUCACAUCAGAUGCAAAAGUAUAAAACACUUGUGGAGAAACUUAAGGAAGAAUUAAGAGAAGAAAAGUUGAAGGCCAAAGAAGAAGCAGAGGACCUUGCUCAAGAAAUGGCAGAGCUUAGAUAUCAAGUUACAGGUUUGUUAGAAGAAGAACGUAAGCAUCGUGCUCGCAUUGAACAGGCAUCCUUGCAAAGAAUUGCCGAGUUAGAAGCGCAGCUUCAAAGAGAACAGAGAAAAUCUUUAUUUGCUGUCCGCGGUCUCCCUGAAGUGUAGAAACUGGAAUUAUUCAAAGUUUUUCAAGUUCAUCAGAAGAGACUCAUCUUAGAGAUGUACUGAAAGAUGUAGGAUGUCUUCUCAUGUCUUGGUUCCUGGAGAAGAGAAAUGAAGUGGCUGUACAGAAGAACUAGCUCGUGCGUGUUACAGUGUAUUUUGUGAUAUGGGGUGCAAGAAUUGAUAUAAA